CAAAGUAGGGAAGACUCCAAGACAGAAAAACAAAACAGACUGCAGUCCAUUAAUGAAGUAGUAGAAAUCACUUCCAGCACUUCUCAUGGUGUUUUAAAUUGUGUGGAGGACAUUUCAGCAGAAAAACACAAGUAUCACUGAACUCAGUUCCAGAGGCUAGACUCGUGGCCAUUACAGAAUUCAUGACUGCAUCAAGUCAAGGCCACAUGGAUGUCAUAUUCAAGUACCUGAGUAAAGGGGGGAACCCUGAUGUCCAUGAUGAGUUAAAUAGAACAGCCUUACAUCUGGCAUGUUUAGAGGGACACCCCCCAGUCGUCUCAAUGCUUUUGGAACGAGGAGCAGAUAUCAACUUUCCAGACCGGCUGGGUUCUGUGGCUAUACACUGGGCCUGCAGAGGGGGGAGUCUUAGGGUGGUCCAAGCUCUCAUGUGCCAUGGCGCUGACCUCAACGUCCGAGAUAACCUAUGGAGUACCCCUUUGCAUGUGGCUACAAGAACGGGACAUAUGAUCAUUGUGGAGUAUCUCCUGUCCUGUGGAGCAAAAGUUAAUGCCACAGACUGGGAAGGAGACACAGCUCUGCAUGAUGCUGUGAGACUCAACAGAUACAAGAUUGUGAAAAUGCUCAUUCUUGCAGGGGCAGAUAUAACCCAACAGAAUAAAGAGGGGCUGACUGCAGUGCAGCAGGUCAAACAAUGGCAAUUUGACAUUUUGGAUAUACUGCACAGACUUUUGAAGCCUCAGUCACCUGCAAGUGCAUGCCAUCUUUAAUCUAACCUCAUUGUAAUCUUUUUGUCUCAGGUGUCACUGGUAUGUAUCAUCACCUUUUCUGUAAUACUCUAUAAACAUGGUCAAAUUUGAAUGCACCACAAUAUUCAUCAGAAAGCAAAUUAUUCCACUUGUUCUGUACUGAUCUCAUGUCUAAUUUGUCAUUAAGUUGUAUCAUUUUUAUUUUUAAAUCACAAAUAUUGUUUGGUUUAAACAUGUCAUGCUCCUUAAUAAUGUAAAUGUGCACUAUAAGCUGACUGAAUUCUGUAAUCCAAUGCAAAAUGUCACUUAUGCCCUUCAGUUUCUGCUCUGUUUAUGCUAGUAAAGCUGUGGGAGACUAUGUAUGUGACGUUACUGUGAGAACACAGCAUUCAUACAAAAUUGUGCAUAAUAUAGCAUAUAAUUGUAUACAUCUCAAGGCACUUGGUAAAUAGACUUGAGUAAAAAGAGCAGCAUUGCAGUAGUUGUUUCUGACACAUUGCUGGAGCUGAGGGGACCGCAUGCCUUAGCUAAAUUCAGGGAUUGAACAGGAGAUCAGGGGACAUACUUUCCUGCUAUCAUCACUGGCUCAAAUGUUUAUAAUGGUGGCUUAUUCACGCUGGACCAACGGCAUGCCGGC